CGGGUUCGGGAGGCUGGCCCGCUGCGGGUCAGGGAGGGAGACGGUGGCAGCCUCGUCCAGUGCGGCCCGUGUGAGUCCACAGGCGUCCUGUGGCCCUGCGGGGACGCAGAUGCGCGUGUCCUGGCCUCAGGGAACUCACGGAGCAGCAGGGAGACAGGUGUGUGUGUCUCCGAGGACAGGUGCUCCGUUCUGGUCUCCGAGGAGGAGAGAGAGUCCGCCGGGACCCCCCUGGCUCCUCAGAGCAGACGACCAGAAGGAGAGGAACCCAGACAGCGGGAGGGACCCACGGCCGACCAGGCCCUGAGCUGUAAAUCGCUGAGCAUGAAACGAAACAUUUACGAUGAAGAAAACAGCCAUAUGAUGGAAUAUUGGAAUCCCUGCGAUAGAAAUCCGAUGGGACACCAGAAUGUAAGUCACAGCAGGUGGCUUCACAGUAGACCAGGCAAAGCAGAGGAUGGAGUGGGUGACCUGGAAGGUCGGGGCUCGGGGAGACGCAGGGGGCGCAGGGGAGGCAGCAGGAGGACUUGGGGUCUGCGGGUGCUGGGGCCGGGUGUGUCCCAGGGAGGGGGGCAGGGGAGGGAGCUGCAAUAUUUGAAGCCACCGGUGGAGAACCAGGACGGCCCCUCGAGCCGGUCACCCUGGAGGGGCUUGAGCCUCACGCCCUGGGCGGUCGGGUCAUUCCCAGGCCAGGCCCCUGCUCAGAGCCCAGACCCCCCGCGGCUGCCCCUCGCUCCCCCCCAUGCCCCAGCGAACCUCUCCCGUGCACUCCUGCCCUCCCACGCCUGGGAGUUUACACCUGCUCAGGGUGGCCGCAGUGUCCCCACCAGCACCCUGGGAACAGCCAUCCUGCUCCAGCCCCCUCGGGCUGAGAAACCUGGCGCAGUUUCCGAUCUGCCCAAACGGUGCUCACCCAGCGUCCAGGAAUGGCCGGGGGAGGCAGGAGGACAGUUCUAACAGCGGGGGCCGCGGUGCACAGACGUCACGGACGAGAAUGUGGACGUCCUUGAAGGACCAUUUCCCGGAGAUGAAUGGGGGUUGGUUUGCUUGGGUGAAGUGUUGACUGGUGUUUUUGGUAUUUGGGUUGUUCUGCGUUGUGUCUACCCGACUUCAAUGUGGAUUUCAUUAGUUCUGCUUUGUUAAAAUAUGCAUCAUCCUAAAAGUUUACACAGCGUGAGCUAUUUAUGCUCAAACCACCUGUAACAUUUCUUCAACAGAAUCCAUCUUUGUCUCCCCUCCCUCCACACCUUGGCUCCACCCCUGAGCAGGGUCCGGCCUGUGUGAGGUGUGGGGAGGGGACCCUGAUGCAGACUGUGGCAUGGGGUGGGGACGGCUGUG